CUGAGCCCGGUCGGUCGGACUACUCUACUCGCUCAGUUCGCCUUUCGGUCAGCGUGUUGACGCACGUGUCUUGUUGCUCAUAAUUUCUUUCGAGUGUUAUAACUUGUGACAAAACUUAGUGCUGUUCAACCAAAGUGUAUUGGAUUAAAAUCUGGAUAAUUGUUGCAGUGAUCAGUAACGUUUGUUAUUGAAGUGUGUUAAUUGGAGUGAUGAAACUUAUUUCCUUAUAAGUGAUUCUGGAAGUUCGCGCCGAUGGUCCUCUUGAAUACUAACAUGAAAAUCAACGGUCACAACUAAACUUACUUCGGCUUAAAAUGACGAUAGACAGAGCCGGAUUACCUCCAGCGCCCAGACGAUCGUCAUCCACUUACAGAAGCUACGACGAACUUGGCAUUAUCGACAGAGUGAAGCCACUACGAUAUCGCCAUGGGGGCAUUGAGGAUCUGACUCUGGAUCAUUCUAGGAAUUUCCGUAUGUACGAACCUCAAAACAUGGAUGACAUAACUGUGAUUAGUUCUGAAGAGAUUCCACGGCCGAAAAGAAAGACAAUUGAAGGCCUGGCUAAUGGAUUUAGAAGAACGUUCUCUGUGAGAAGUCGUAAAGAGGAGAAUGGGGGAAUACCUUUAGAAACGUUUAACAUGACUGAGGAUAACUACGCGACAGUUAGAGGUGCGCCGUUUGGAAGACGCAGGUCUUUGUCGAGGGAAAGAGGUUCAUUGUUAGGACGGAGUUCUUCUGAAGGUGAUGUGAGGAUGGCACCACCUCGAGCUCCACCUACGAACCCUACUCCGCGCCUUCACCGAUGUCUCCGAGCUCUUGGCGGGAGCUGGAAAAACCUUCUCUUAUUGGGCGGAAUGUCUCGCGGCGGCAGCGGCGCCGGCAAGACAGCCACCGCGAAGCGUGUCCCACCACCAGCCGUGCCUGGAGACGCCUUCGGUACUCCGCAGCACCGCCACUCCGGCUCCAGCUUCGGAUCACAAGGCUAUGCAUCCUGUGAGGAGCAGCCAUAUCCUCAACCGCCUGAUACGCCGUCUCAUACUCGUGAUGACCACUCAGACUACGGCAGCACGGUGUCAGGAGUUUCAGGCGUCAGCGGCGCCAGUGGUAGUCUUGGCAAGAGUCCUGCAGGAGGGGGGACAUUUACAUUCCCGCCGCCUGCGCAGCCGCUCACGCACAAAGCCGCUGUGUACUAUCAUCACCAGCUCGCGCUUAGUGACGAUCAGGGCAUUGAUAUGACCCAGAGUCCCGGUCGGGACAGUCCAGGCUCAUCGUCAGGUUCAGCAGGCUCCGGGUCGAGGCACUCGUCAGCAUCGUUGGAUAGUGGGCGAGCAUCGGGCCGUAUGCCCCAUCACCAUCAUGCUGCCUGCCAUUGUGGAGAUACCGUGGAUAGAGUCCGUGCUAUGAUCGCACAGGGACUACCUGAUCCAGACAUAAUUCAUGCCUGGCUGGCAGAUCUUCAAAUGGAGGAGUACGCGAGAUUGUUCAUAGAGGCGGGGUAUGAUCUUCCCACUGUCACCAGAAUGACUCCGGAGGACUUAACUGCCGUUGGAAUUAAAAAGCCUAAUCAUCGCAAGAGAUUAAAGGCCGAGCUUGCCAAUUUAAAUGUACCGGAUAAUUUGCCGGAUUAUAUCCCGGGUUCUUUAGAAGAGUGGCUGCGUCUGCUUCGACUGGAGGAAUACGGGCCAGCACUGGUGGCCCAAGGGUACCGCACUGUUCAUGACGUCACUCAACUAGCUUGGGAGGAUUUGGAAGACAUGGGUAUUGUCCGAUUGGGGCAUCAGAAAAAAAUCCUCCUCGCCAUCAAAAGAGUGAAAGACAUCAGAGCAGGGAAACGAAGCAUUAGCACCCAGGGUUCCCUUGACUUCACCAGGUUACAACCAGGCCAGGAUUUAUAUCCGAGGGAGCAUCAUUACCAGCCAUGGGAGAGACACACAAGGAGUUACCAUAAGCCCCCAGAUCUAAACUUUGACGCCCUACAAUCGCCCCUUUGUGGCACUGAUUUGGUCCCCAUUCAGAUCCGUCAUCCACGCGGCAAGUCUCUAGAAAGCCUAGAAGACCCUUCAGAGAGGACAUCGCACACAACAUUCUCGCCUGAAGCAGGGUUCUACUACGGCGGUGGGCAAUGGCGGCGUUCCUAUGACGACGGAGACAUCACGCCCACAAAUGAUAGCUCUUAUGAAGGAGGCGGAACACUCCCACGUCCCAGAGGACUAGUCCGCCCCAGACCGGUAGCUAAAAUACAGGCUACACCAGCAUAUAGGGACAAGUCUCCCGACUAUACUUACGAUGAGAUCGCGUACUCAGCUAGAUUACAACGUGUGGCCUAUGGAGCGAGCCCGCAUGUGGCAAGAAAGCCGCCGCCCGAGCCCCCGAAACGACAAAGCUCUCAAUACGCCCCGUUUUCUCGAUUCGGACAGACAACUGUGGAAAUACAUCCCGAGAAAAGUCUUCCUUUGAGCCUCCCUGCUUACCCAAGCUCAGACUCGUUGAGUGUGUCUCUGGACAGUACAGGGCUGCUUCCGCCUCCGCCCGCGCCGUCUUCCCCCCCAAGGAGAUACGACGAAGAUAAACUAAGGAGUGGUUCAGACGCUAGUUUUAAGUCGAGUUCAAGCACCGAAUCCGACAGCAUCCCGUUCGCAAAUGAAAACGCCGGUACAAUAAAACAAAACAGAAGUCAAAUAGGUGGACGACCGCACACAGUGGAUUACGGCCGAAGCGGUAUAAGCCUCUCUAAUCUUCCACCAAGGACAUCUGAUAUAAAACCAACCAACCCACACUUGUUGACAGAACAUAAAGAUGAAGGGAAGAGUACGGAACCAGUUGAUGUACUCAAUGACAUAGGAAAUAUGCUCGCGAACCUUACAGAUGAACUAGACGCCAUGCUCGAAGAAGAGAAGCGCCAAGGAUUGACAGACUCCUAAAAUAUAGGCGGAACAAUAUACUAUGCCUCCUUGAAUAAUAUGUGAGUGUCAACAAUAAAUUCCAAAGAGAACUGUCAUUUUCAUCGGCAUUUUUCUGGUCCAAGUAAUAAUUAUUGAAUAGUAUAGAACAAAUUGCGUUUUAAUAUGUACUUUUUGUACCUAUUACUUUGACACUUAUUACUUUUAGCAAUCACGUCUUAUGAGUUUUAUUCUACUGACGACAAAGUGUAAUUAUGUAAGGCAGCUGUUCAAUUUUUAAGUAUAUUUUAUUAAAAGUAAUUUCAAUACAUGUUGACUGCAAUUUUGUUUAACAUGGAUUUUGUUAGCUAUCAAAGGUUUAUGUAUAAUUUGUUUUGCAAAAGAAAAAUGUACUCGUAUCUAUUCUCAGGUACAUGACAAAGACGGCAAAUUUUCUACAUUGUAGUACAAGUACUGUAUGUACCUAUGUUAGCAUUUUGUACCAAUUGGUACUAGUAUAUUACGAGCAUAAAUAUCUUAGGUAUCUACACAUUAUAUGACAUAUUAGAUAGAUACCUAUUAAAAUGGCUACAAAGAUAUUUAUGAUUGUGACUACAAAUUUGAAGAAGUUAAUGUGCUAUGUGUGUAAACAUUUUAAGAUGUGUCAGUCCGCGGGUACACUUAUAUAUGGUGUUCAUUAAUUAACGCCAUGAAACACUACAAUACCAUUUAAUGUUCCACCAUAUGGUUUUACCUGUGUAUAGACACAUAUGAGCAAACAAGAAGUACUAAUACUACUACUACUAAUUUCGUUCCUUGUUGUCAUAUUUAUAAUUGUGUUUUCGGUUCUCGUCGGAGUACAUUUAAAACUAGACAUAGUCUCAUCCAAAUACAGAUGAAAAUGGCUAUUUUUGUAAAUAUUGUUUAAUUUAAAUUAUGUUCUAAAGAAAAAUAUAAUCCAGUAGGUAGUUUUUCAUGUACAAUAAAAUUGUAGAGUACUCGAGUAGCGAUGGGUAGUUAGAAUUUUUACAAAAGUAGUUUUUAGUGAUAUAGUGUCGAAACUAGGGAGGAAACUGUAUAAUAAACAUCAUUAUAAAUAGCGAUAGACCUCAUAGUUCUUUGUAUGUUCACAUUUAUUAUAAUGUAUG